CAACUGCUGUAAAGUGAUAAAAUAGGAGGGACCGAGCGACUGGCACACCUUUACCUUCCUCCUCCUCAAACUUGACUGGCACUAGUUUUCGCUCCCGUCAGUGACUGGCUCCGCUUCACCGCGCCUGCCUUCUUUGAUGCUACAGCUUACGUACUUGUCGGCAAUGGCUAUAUAUCAUGUCAUUGCUUGUCGGUAUCUUCAACAUAUGCCACGAUGCUAAAGGGCGAGCUCAUAAAUUCAUCAAAACUUUUCUUCCUGCAGCUAACUGCCCAUGCACUCUUUUUAGGCAUCUCCUAGGAUAACUCGUCACACGCUACAUUUACGGUUGGACUGGAAGCAUGUCACGCAUGUUGAGCAUAUUGAAGACCAUUGCUAACAGGUAUCCAGUGACUCGAGGAAUUGCCACCUACUCUUUGCUCUUACCUGCCAGCAACAUCACCCAGCAGCUACUUGACCCUAACAGAAAAAAUUAUGAUCCUUAUGAAACAUUGCAUUUUGGGGUAUUUGGAGCUUGCAUUCUAGCACCAUCCCUCUACUGUUGGGUGUGCACAGCUAAUGUGAUUGUGAGGAUGGAAACUCUCAGGGGAGCUAUUCUUAAGGCUAUCAUUGAGCAGUUCACAUGGGCACCUUUUGCUUAUACAGAGUUUUAUAUUUGCAUAAAUCUUAUGGAAGGAAAGCCAUGGGAAGAAUGCAUCAAUCAGUGUAGGUCAAAGAUACCUCAGACAUGGAAGACUGGGAUUUACUUUUGGCCGUUUAUUCAGACUGUGAACUUCUGGAUUAUUCCCAUGAAACACAGGGUUUCCUUUGUGGCCUUCUUCUCUUACAUGUGGAACACCUUCCUCUCUUACAUGCAUCAUAAACAGAUAGCAACUAAAGGUUUAAAGGGAUGAUUUAUUUACAUGUGUGCAUAAUGUAUGUAUCUAGAUUUUGUAUGGAGUGUCUUUUAAUAUUUUAAUUAGAGUGUAUAUAUAUAUAUAUGUGUGUGUGUGUGUGUGUGUGUGUGUGUGUGUGUGUGUGUGUGUGUGUGUGUGUG